ACAAGUUAACAUGCUAGCCAAUUUAUUGGGUCCUCUCUGCUAAUUGUGUGGGUAGGAUAAUCUUGUUUACUUCAAAAUAAAAACUAUGACUUUUACUCUACAAAUCUAAAAACCUUGAUGUGUCCAUAAAUCCCUUAUUAACAAAUAGACAUACAAAACAAUACAAUGUCAUAGCUCAAGGCAUGCAAUGUGAAAAUAAGCGAUGCACAAGUGAUGCAGUUACAUUUUUUACCACAGAUUUACAUUGGAAAAUUGUGGAGCUCUGACACUGUCUCCUACCUAUCCUACUGUUGAAAGUCGUGCGUUAAAUUUGAAUAUAUCAAGUGCAAUUUACAACUUAAUAUAGUCUAAAAAUAAGGUAGAUCCCACAUAGGUAAUCUCUAUAUGGGUUAUGAAUGGGAAAAACAUAUGGAACCCACGUUGAUAAACCAUUUGGGUCAGACAUGGGCAAACACAAUCAGUGCCAUAUAGGCUGCCUACAUGGGCCCAAGGUAGAUCCCACAUAGGUAAACUCUAUAUGGGUUAUGAAUGGGAAAAACAUAUGGAACCCACUUUGAUAAACCAUAUAUGUUGGACAUGGGCAAACACAAUCAAUCCCAUAUAGGCUGCCUAUAUGGGCCCAAGGUAUUAUCAAGCGUGCCGCGCAAGCCCUGAAAAGUGAAGCCAAAGUGUCUCGAUCGCCCCCCGGUGACUGGUCCUAGUAUUCGCUCUGUGCACAGGGUGACGCGGCGAACGUUCGAAAUCUGUGUGGUGGGCGGGAGGACUUCCGGUUUAGGUUACUACCGGUAUUUCCGAUGUAGAUGUUGUUGAAGAGUGAGUGGCGUAUGUAAAAUGUUAACAGUAAAUAAGAAACGUCUUACAUAUCAGUAUCAAAUUGGCAACUCUAAAUUACAUUGUAGUGUUCCUCGAUGUGCCAUUUCAUCGAGGUAUAAUUCUGAAGUAAGUUUUCAUCGUUUUCCACAUCAGCCGGAAAUAACACCCGGGUACGAGCUCAGUGGCUAGUCAAGAUAAGACGCGAGAACUUCACUCCUACCGAUAACACCCGGGUCUGCAGUCGACAUUUUAAGCUAGAAGGUUUCAUCAUAACAACCACAGGACUCAGAAAACUUGUUCAAGGAGCUGUGCCAUGUCUUUUUGAGUGGAACAGUUUUUGUUUACCAGCGCCAAGGUGCAGUGUUUGGGAGCGCUGCCCUAAACGCCCCUCUCCACCGCCAGACCCCCUGUCAGAGACUGCUGGCUCUGAUUGUGAGAUUGAAGUAAUGAUACCACUGGAGCAUGACUCCUCUGUAACUCCGACGACAUCGGUGACUCCAUCUGAGUUAGCGGAAGAGAACGAAAAGUUGAAGCAAAAAGUCCAGGAGCUGCAACAACAGAUUGAAACUCUGCAACUGCAAUCGAGAUUUGGUGUAGAGCGUCUUGCAGGGUCUGAUGAGGACAUUUGGUUUUACACAAGAUUUGCAUCAUACCAGCACUUCCAGGCCUUUUGGCAACUUGUGGAGUCAGCCGCGAAUACCAAGAUGGUGCGGGUCACCAGUGCCAGUGCAGCCGGUGCAACUCAACACAGAUCAACAAAACUUGCGCCCAUAGACGAGUUACUUCUGUUCCUAAUGCAUCUCUCCGUUGGCCUAUCUCUCCGUGAUCUUGCCAACCGUUUUGGUAUCCACCGCACCACUGUCAGCAGAAUUAUAACGACCUGGACACACUCUCUGUACCACCUUCUUAGUUCCAUCAGGCUGUGGCUGCCAAAAGAGGUUGUACAAGCUCACUUACCACCAGAGUUUUCCACAUACGCCGACACACAAGAGGUGCUGGACUGUACAGAAAUAUUUUGUCAAACACCCUCAUCUCUUGUUCUGCAAAGUGAGGUGUUCUCCAAUUACAAGUCACACACCACUUUCAAGGCCAUGAUUGGCAUUGCCCCCCCAUGGUCCCAUCACCUUUGUCUCUCCACUGUAUGCAGGUUCUAUGAGUGAGGGAUAGGGACAUUUUCAGAAUUUCAGGGAUUACAAAAUUACUCACAGCUGACAUGGCAAUUAUGGUAGACAAGGGGUUUCUUGUGGAUGGUCUUGUACCCUGCAAAGUUUACCGGCCUGCUUUUCUGUCAAAGAAAACUCAGAUGAGUAAACAGAAUGUUGAUCAAACACAGUCCAUCGCCCGUCUGCGGGUUCACGUUGAAAGGUGUAUCUGGAGAGUUAAAGAGAAUAAACUGUUUGAAAAAGUUAUUCCCUUAUGUGUGUGUGGGAGUAUUGAUCAACUGUUCAGUGUGGCUUGCUUCUUGGUAAACUACCAAAAUGGACCCCUUGUCAAGGCAUGGGCAACUCAACAGUGAAAAUCUAG